CAAGGCAGCUUAUUUUGGGAGCCUGCAAUGUUUAUUACAGUGCUUCAUGGUGACGACCAAAAGAGUCUGUUCAACACUCAAUGUAAAACAGUGGUCCUUUUGGACUGGAUCAAAGUGAAGUGUGGAUGUAAAAAUGAAGCUGAGAUUGAUUUGGCAAAUUUGAAUGGUCAGCUGAUGAAUCUGCCUCAUCACCAAUUUGCAGUUGCUUCAGAUGUUCUAGCCCAGAGGGAGGAAUACAUUCUCAUCAGCAUAAGCCGGACCAGUGAUCCAUCAAAUCCAGUACACACUUCAUUGCUUCAUAACUAUGACCUGCAUGAUCCUCAGUGCCUAGCUAAAUUACGAGAGGAAAAAACUGAAAAGAAACCAUGUGCAUCUGAGGAAGCAAACGGCUUGAGCAGAAGGUUGCCCUCAUCACUAUCCACUGAGAGCCAACCAAGACCCUACAAACAAAUACGCUUCUCAAGUUCACCAACUUUUCAGACAUACUCUGAGUAAUAAACAUUUUGUACUAUUCUUGCUAGAAUAUUUUCUUAGGCCAGUACAUGAGCCGCAGAAUGUAAAUUCAUAUUUCUUAUUCAUAUUCAUAUUUAUAGUUAAUUCUAAUAAUUUUCUAGUUAAUACCAGCCAGUUAGGAAGAAAGAAAGAAAUACAGAAAACAGAGUUGCUGUUCAUGCCAAUCACAAAAACAGGAAUAAUAAAGAAUCUAGUGCUUGGAUGUGCUUCACAUGAUUUGUUUUUGAAGUGCAACGAAUAUACACUCACCAUCCCCUUUAUUAGGAACACCUGUACACCUGCACAUUCAUGCAGUUAUCUAAUCAGCCAACACAUUGGCCGCACAUUGGCUGAUUAGUUCAUAAUGUUGCAGUAGCGCAAAGCAAAAAAUCAUGUAGAUACAGGUCAAGAGCAUCAGUCCAUGUUCACAUCAAACUUCAAAACAAAGAAAAAAUGUGAAUUCUGUGUGACUUUAACCAAAUGGGCUGGUUUGAGCUUUUCAGAAACUGAUCUCCUGGGAUUUUUUACACACAUCAGUCUCUAGAGUUUACACAGAAUGGUACGCAAAACCGAAAAAUAUACUGUGAGCAGAGGGUGUUGAUGAGAGAGAUCAAAAGACAAUCACCAGACUGGUUUGAGCUGACAGGAAGUCUAUAAUAACUAAAUUAGCACACUUUACAGCCGUGGUGAGCAGAAAAGUAUCACAAAAUGCAAAACACAUUAAAUCUUGAGGUGGAUGGUCUAAAACAGCAGAAGAAGAGCAGUUUCUGAAAUCCUCGAACCAGCCCAUCUGGUAUCAACAUCCAUGCCUCGAUCAAAGUCACAGAGGACAGAUGUUUUCUUUCUUCUGAUGUUUGAUGUGAACAUGUGUACCUGAAGCUCUUGACCUGCAUCUGCAUAAUUCUUUGCAUUGUGCUGCUGCCGACACAUGAUUGGCUGAUUAGAUAAUUGCAUGAAUGUACAGAUGUUCCUAAUAAAGUGGAUGGUGAGUGUAGUUUAUUGCAAAAAUUUGGCACAGGACUAGUAGUGUGUUUCAUUUUAAGCAGUGAAAGCAAGCAUAUAGUGCAAAGGAAGUGAUUUCAAGGGAUUUGGUAUGAUUUCAAGAUUGCUACAUGAAAACAAUAAGACACCUCUGCCAACCCUCUUUAAUUCAUGAUCCUCCAUAACUUUAUCUUUAUCUCAUUAUGUCAUAUCACAGCAAACCAGUUUCUACCUUUCCCAUCCUGCACUGCGGCCUACAAACAUGGACUACAAUUCCCAGAGCACUCAUUCAUUCUUAUCACGCACACCUGCAUCCAAUUUCACACACAAUCACACCACAGUUUAAAAGGAUUUUCGAGGCAUUCACUCUUUGCAAAGUAUUGUGUGUUAUCACCAUACCACACCAUAAGCGUUUGUACCCUGUUCCUCGUUUUGAUUCAUGUUCUUUGAUCUUGUUUCUGGUUUCUUGUUCUCGAUUCUUUCCUUGCCUAGUUUAUGCCUGUUUGCCGAUCGCCUGACCAUUGUCUGUUUCUUGACCCCGCUAUUGUCUCAUGUUUUGGAUUUGUCUGCCUGUCUCUCUCUAAUAAACUCUUAUCUGCA